AUGAGACCUCCAAAGAAAUUCACCCCACCAAAGUUCACUUCAUACGACGGGAAGUUGGACCCGCUGACACAUAUUAGCCAUUAUAGACAGAUGAUGUCCUUAUGGAACCGAGAUGAGGCACUGAUGUGUAAAGUCUUCUCAUCUAGCUUGGGAGAAACUGGACUUCGAUGGUUCGAUCGUCUCCCUGCUGGAUCGAUCCAUGGCUGGAAGCAGCUCUCCGAAAAGUUCCUAGCCAGGUUCGUCUCCAACACUAAGAUCCCGAAGGAGCCGGAUACACUGUUCGGCCUCCGAAAGGAGCAGGAGGAAACAUUGCGCAAUUAUGCUAGGAGGUACUGGGAAGAGUACAAUGACCUGGAGGAAAAUGUGUGUAGCGAACAGAUGGCCGUUAUGUCCUUCAAACAUGGUCUGCGCUCGGAAAGUAAGCUGAGACAAUCACUUACCAAGCGCCCGGCCACAGCUUUGAAAGAUUUGCGUGCCAGGAUUGAGCAGUACGCUCGCCUCAAGGACGAUCAGAUCCCCAUCGAGGAAGCGUCAGCAGAACAAACAGCUCGACACAAGAAGAGAACAGAUCGAGGAGAACACUGA